AAAGCAAGACCAAAGACCAAGCUAGUGUGGCCUCUUUUUCUCUUUCAGUGACCUGUAUCCAGCCAACCCGAGAUUUUCUAUUUUCCGAUUCUUUUUAGGUCUUUUUCCCAAUUUUUUUGUAUUUCUAAAACAGAAACAAAUAGGUGUCUCAAUGGCAGAAGAGAGCGGUGCCCCCGUAAGUUGUGCUGAUUUGCCCGUUAAAAGGCCCAGAGAAGACGAAGAAAACGGGGUCUCUUCUGCUGCUGCUGCUGUUGCCAUGGAAAUGGAAGCUGAUACCAAUAACACUUCCAAGGAAGUUGAUGGGAUUUCCUCUGUUAUUCCUGGAUGGUUCUCUGAGAUUAGCCCAAUGUGGCCUGGAGAGGCGCAUUCCUUAAAGGUUGAAAAGGUCUUGUUUCAAGGGAAGUCUGAUUACCAGAAUGUUAUGGUCUUUCAGUCAUCCACAUAUGGGAAGGUUCUUGUUUUGGAUGGUGUGAUUCAGCUCACAGAGAGAGAUGAAUGUGCAUAUCAAGAGAUGAUCACUCAUCUUCCACUUUGCUCCAUUCCAAAUCCUAAGAAGGUUUUGGUCAUUGGUGGUGGUGAUGGUGGAGUUCUCCGGGAAGUUUCUCGUCAUUCUUCUGUUGAGCAGAUUGACAUCUGUGAAAUUGACAAGAUGGUCGUUGAUGUUUCUAAACAAUAUUUUCCUGAUGUAGCUGUUGGUUAUGAUGAUCCCCGUGUGAAACUUCAUAUUGGUGAUGGAGUUGCAUUUUUGAAGGCUGUUCCAGAAGGUACUUAUGAUGCAAUUAUAGUGGAUUCUUCUGAUCCUAUAGGUCCUGCUCAAGAACUCUUUGAGAAGCCCUUUUUUGAGUCUGUGGCAAAGGCUCUUCGUCCAGGAGGAGUCGUCUGCACUCAGGCAGAAAGUAUCUGGCUACAUAUGCACAUCAUUGAGGAUAUUGUAGCAAACUGCCGUCAAAUCUUCAAAGGCUCUGUUAACUAUGCGUGGACUACAGUUCCUACAUACCCAAGUGGUGUGAUUGGUUUCAUGCUUUGCUCAACUGAGGGGCCUCUUGUUGACUUCAAGCAUCCGGUGAAUCCUAUAGACAAAGAUGAGUGCUGCUGCAAAUCAAAACGACCCCUUAAGUUUUACAACUCUGAGAUUCAUUCGGCUGCUUUCUGUUUACCAUCCUUUGCAAAGAAGGUGAUCGAAUCAAAACCUUAAGGGUGGAAAUUUUGAAGUUUUAGAACAAAUUCUAGUUAUUGGUGAGCAUUAGUUAUCAUCCUUUGCUUUGAUGGCCCAAUGUAGCAACGAACCUUGGAUUUGGAAAUUUAGAUAAUGCACUUUCUUUUUUGUCUCGCUUAGGAAGAGAAUUUGAGGUAAUGGUUGUGGAAGGAUAUAUGUCCACAAGGGAUAAUAUGGUCAUUUAGCUGAGACAUAAAUGGCUGUUUCUUGCAAUCGUUUUAUCAGAUUCACAUGUUUGUGUUAUUAUAUCAUUUUUGCAAUAUAUUGUCAUGGAUGUUUAGGAUCA